UCAACAGAGAGAAACCACAUCUGAAAUUGGCGAUAUGUGAUUUUCAGCUUUCUGACGUUGCCAUAAACCUGUCGAUAGUUUCACCUUAACGUAAUGUCUAAACAGAAACCGAGAGUGUGCAUUAUUGGAGCCGGUCCUAGCGGCAUGUCAGUGAUGUACCAGAUAAAACAACUAUACCCUGACAAGAUUGACUUUGAAUGUUACGAAAAGCAGGCAACAUGGUGUGGACAAUGGAACUAUACCUGGAGGACAGAUUCUGACGAAUAUGGUGAAAGUAUACAUAAUUGUAUGUACCGAAAUUUGUGGGCGAUAGGAGCAAAGGAAAGUAUGGAAUUCAAGGAUUAUACAUUUCAGGAUCAUUUUGGUAAAGAAUUACCUUCUUUUUUACCAAGAGAAUUGCACAGACGUUAUCUUGACGGUCGCAUGAAAAGGAUCAGCACAGGCGAUUUCUUCGAACACAUUCAUUUCCAACACGAAGUAAGAAGUGUUGAAUACAGAGAUUUGACUGACGAUUUCCUUGUUUGGGCGAGGAAUUUCCGGAGCAACUCCCUGGUUGAGGAAGUAUUUUCCCAUGUUAUUGUUUCUACGGGAUGCUUUUCUUACCCAAACAUGCCAACUUACCCGGGAAUUGAUACAUUCCGUGGAAGAAUACUUCACUCUCACGAGUUCAGGGAGGCUAAGGAGUUUACUAAUCAGAAUGUGCUUAUCAUAGGGGGCAGAUUCUCUGCAAGCGAGAUUGCUCUCCAACUGAAUAAAUACGGCUCAAAACAUGUCAUCUGCAGUUGUAAAGAACCCAUGAAUUUGAAGUGGCCUAAAGGUGUUGAAGAACGACCAAUCGUCGACGAAAUCAAAGGCAAUAGAGCUGUGUUCAAAGAUAAAACACAGUUUGAUUUUGAUGCAAUCAUCUAUUGUACGGGAUAUAGAUACAAUUAUCCAUUCUUGAAGGGUGGUCUUCAUUUUGAUGUUGGAGGGACAACAACACUUCUCCCAGACAACCUUUACAAAGGUACAGUAUGGCUUAAAGGCGGCAAUAAGAACCUAUUCCAUAUGGCAGCCUUUGACGUAUUUUUGGGGUUUGGUAUUAUCGAUGCGCAAGCUACGUGGAUAUUAAAAUUCAUCAUUAAAGAAUUAUCUGGACAACCAGUUCAGUGGGAGGAAAUGGAAGGUUAUGUUAAAGAAUGGCAGAAAAAGCAAACGAAUGUUAAAAGUGUACCUGAUAUGUUCAAAUUUCAGAGAGACUUUUACCACGACAUUGGCAAAGAUAUAGACUUACCACCAGAAUAUAUCGAUAAGGCAUAUGAUAUCCUGAUAGACAUUUCAGAACAAAAGCAAAUCAACGCCAUGGGAUAUAAAGAUGUGUGCUAUAAAUCUAUGUACACAGGGAAACUUGCACCAUCCCAUCAUACAAGCUGGGUAGACUGCAUGGAUGAUUCUGUUGAUGCAUAUAUCUAGCAAAACCCUGCAGAAUUGAUUUACUGAACGUCAAGGAAACAAUAUUAUGUUUUCUAUAUUUUAUUACCAUUGAAAUUUGAAAGACUGACUUAGUUCAAAUUUAUCUUUUUCCAAAAUAUAAAUACACUUUUGUUAUUUAUCAUACUUCGGUUAAAAAGUGUUUAGACUACUUGAAAACAUUAACUUUAAGAUACUUAGUUCAUCGUUGUGGUGGACGAGUGCUUUGUGCAAAUCAUAUUUUGAUAACGUGAAAAAGCAAGAACAAAAGGACUCAAAAAUAUAUCAGAUAAAUGAAAGAAGAAAAGAUAAAGACAAAAAUUUGAUUUCAUUAACAAUUACAAGAAUAUCAUCAGUCACGAGUCACUUACAGAUUAAUGUAUUGGAUCAUUUAGAUUAGUAGAUAUGAAUAACAUUAAUGUAUUUCGUAUAAAAACGCUAAUAAAAUUCAGUUAUCUUAA